AUGUUCGAGCGAUCUACUCGGAGAUUCAUCCUCCUUUGUCUGCUCGUAAACGCGAUCUCUGGAUCGCCACGGUUCCAAAGCUGGGACGAGGGAGAAGAAACGAGAUAUCUGAGGCAUGCUACCUGUCCCUCGUGUCGUAGAGAACAGCCAGGUGCCCUGGUUUCAUGGGACGCACCAUCGAGAGGAGAGUAUCAUGGACUUGAUUCAGAGCCAAGUCCUUGGCAGACCAGUCAGCCGUUCAGAUCUAACCCCACCUACAACCCAGCCUCCUACGAUAACCCAUUCAGCAGCCCGUACACCAGCAACUCGUAUGGCAACUUUCCCAGCAACACAUAUGACAGAGCCACUAGAAGCAGAGGGACCCCGGGUGUCGCGAAAUCAGGAGCCACCUGCAAACGCGAGAAUCCCUUCACCAUUGGAAGAGACCUCGAUUUUGACGUUACUCCUGCGCAGACCACCCCUAUACGUAGCAUGAGCUACGAUGCGAUGACACCUCGUUUCCCGGUAUCCAGAUACCCUGACAGAACGCCAUACAGGAAACCUACCUUCUACGACCUCAUCAGGCCCCAAUCUGACCCAGUAUCUCCUAGAAGACCGUACUACAGUCUACCCAACAAUCAGCUUUCCUAUGGCAACUUCAGAAGACCUUCGAGUUUCUACGAUGAGCCAAAGAGGAACCCUGAAGCAGUCUACAGAGCUGAUAAGCAUCUCGACGACUCUUUCGAGCAAGAGAAUCCCAUGAUUCAACCGCAACAACCUCCCAGAGGGUGGAACAUGGGAAAUUCGUAUGGGAGGGGUCCAGCAGCUGUUCGGACGCAGGGGUCAGACCGGUUCGUUCAACCUCGAAAGAAUCAGCCUAGUGACACCAGGAUGAUCUACACGCCGGAUGUCAAGUACAGUCCCUACAACCCGGCACCGGAAUUGAACACGUACAAGAUGAUGCAGAACGUUGGUAGAGAGAUUGUUAACAGUAGCAGGUGGCAGAAACAGUUGGAGGAAGAACAGGGCUCUGAUGCCUACGAGAUGAAUGAAAAUGCCGAGCAAAUGGGAGCUGGGAUGGUCGAGGAGAUGGAUGACGGUUAUCAGGGUAAUGACCAAUUCGGGUCUCGCGAGGCAGUGCAGCAGGAAGAGAUUAAUGGGAAUGGAGAUGUCGCGAGUGAAGGUAGUAAUUCUGGGGACAAGUCUGGACACGCGAGGAACAGGUCCCAGGGUGAAACUUCGUCGCAGGCUGGAUUGUUGGAAACGGAGAAGAUUACCGAGCCUGCUGCUAGGUUUGCCGAGACCACAGCGAAGGCUAUGAUUGCUGCUUGA